AUCUUUUCUUUUCCUUUUUUUGUAGCCCUUUCUUCACUCCGGUCCCUCUUGUGGUGUCACUGGGCCAUGGUUCGCAAGAAAGGAUCUCUUAUUUUGUGCGGAGCAUUUUUGUUCGUCGCAUGGAAUGCCUUGCUCCUCCUCUUUUUAUGGGGGAGGUCUCCCAUCGGUCGACUCGGCGAGGGAGGUGGAGCCGAACCGGGAGCUGGAGAGGAGUGGGGAGCCGGAAAAGCAAAAAUGGCCGGAGCCAACGGACUGGCCAUCGAAGUGAUCAGAUUGGCAGAAGAAGUAGAAUCGGAACUGGAGACUCAGAAAAAGCUUCUCAAACAGAUACAGAGUCACAGGGAAUUGUGGGAACAGCAGAAAGAAUUGGGAAAGAGGGAAUCUGAGAACGCUAAAGACGACAAGAACAUCGAGGAGCCUAAAAAAACUCAGCAGUUUCCUGCAGUACCGCUAAAUCGUAAAAUUGUAGAUGAUACGAAAACUGUUAUGAAAAAUGCACUUGUGGUUACACCACCUCAUCCGGACACAGACGAGGAGAAAGCAGACCAAAAACAGGAAAUGUCGGAAAAUAAAGUAGACCUCACUAAACCUAGUCCUCAGAUCAUAAUCCCAAUUCUAGUCAUAGCCUGUGACAGAGUAACAGUGAAGAGGAGUUUGGAUAAAUUGAUACAGUACCGCCCAUCUCCUGAGCUUUUCCCGAUCAUUGUCAGCCAGGACUGUGGCCACGCAGAUACGGCAAGGGUGAUUGGCUCCUAUGGUAGUCAGAUAACCCACAUUAGCCAACCGGAUCUUGCCGACAUUCCAGUACGACCCGAUCACAGGAAGUUCCAGGGAUACUACAAGAUUGCCAGGCACUACCGUUGGGCGUUGAAUCAAGUGUUCAAUGUCUUCGCUUACUCUACUGUCGUCAUUGUGGAGGAUGACCUGGAGGUGGCCCCGGACUUUUUUGAGUAUUUCCAUGCUCUCUACCCUAUUUUGCAUUCCGACCCUACCCUGUGGUGCGUUUCCGCAUGGAAUGAUAACGGCCGGGAGGGGCUGGUGGACCCGGGCAAGGCCGACCUGCUUUACCGGACAGAUUUCUUUCCAGGCCUCGGAUGGAUGCUUUUAAAGGAAGUAUGGGCAGAGUUGGAGCCCAAGUGGCCCAAGGCGUUCUGGGACGACUGGAUGCGCCACCCCGAGCAACGAAAGGAGCGUUCGUGCAUUCGUCCCGAGAUCUCGCGGACUAUAACAUUCGGCCGGAAAGGAGUCAGUUUGGGUCAAUUUUUUGACCAGUAUCUGCGCUACAUAAAACUCAACAUUGAAUUAGUGCCUUUCACUAAACUGGACUUGUCUUAUUUGGUCAGGGAGAGGUAUGAUGAAGACUUUAACAAGGACGUCUACAGCGCCCCCUUGGUGAAGGUUGAGGAACUACAGCAUGGCAGAAGCCUGAAGGGCUCCGGACCGUUUAGAGUUCAGUAUUCCAGCAGAGACAGCUUUAAAGUGCUGGCACGCAAUUUGGGAGCGAUGGACGACUUGAAGUCAGGGGUUCCCCGCACUGGGUACAGGGGCAUAGUCAGUUUCAUCUCCCGCGGCCGAAGAAUUUAUCUGGCACCGCAUGAGGGCUGGACAAAAUAUGACACCAGCUGGAGCUGAGAGGGAUGAGGUUCGGAUAUGGACCACAAAAAAACAGAAAGACAAAACUCACAACUAAUAUUACAAGUACAGGAGGAAACACCCUCUCAAACCAAAGAAAACAGGCAGGGUGUGACAGAUUGUGGAAAGGUUAACAGUAAGAAAUUAGCGUAAACUGCAGGUUUGUUAUGAACACCCAGGCAUGCUGGGAACAGCACAAAAGAGGGCCCAUCAUACUAUAUGUGCGCAGCAAUCCUGCAGCAAGCUGCCCUCGUGGAAAACAUUACGUCGAAACGCCUCCACUGAAUACUAAAAGUCUGAUGUGGGGUAAAAAUGUUACCGUACCACAAUGAAGUGAAGUUUACUGUCCAGGUCACAUUUCACCUUCAAAACAAAUGAAAUGAUUAUACGCAUUUUCUGAGAACCAUUUUACUGUCGUCAUUUUCAUAAAAAAAGCAUUUUGUCCCCCAAGUCUCAUUACCGUAAUGCCGCAAUCUUUAACUUUGGAUUUAUUUUGUAACUCUAAAUGCUCAGUGAUGAUUUAUUACUGAAAUGCAGUUUUUAUUGUUUAAAUAAUUACUGUGUAAUGAUCUUAUUUAAAUCAGCACUACAAGUUCUACUGUAAUGUAUAAUUAUAAUUUAAAUAUCAUUUUUUAUUGCGGUAAUGAGAUUUGGGGAUGUUUAAUUGUAUGCAAAUGAAAAAAUAUGAAUUGUCCUAAAUUGGCUUAAUCUUAUUUAAGCAAAAUAUUAUGGCUCAAUUAUUUCUUUUGAUUUUGGGGGGUAAAAUAUGUGACCCUGGAUCACAAAACCAGUCUUAAGUAGCACGGGAACAUUUUUAGUAAAAGACAAAAAUACAUUGUGUGGGUCAAAAUUAUCGAUUUUUCUUUUAU